UGACAAGAAAAAAUAAGCAUUUCGAAGAAUGAUUUCUGAUAAGGCAGAUGAUCAAGUCGCGCCGGCGGUCUCGUUUUUCGAUCCUGCGUUGAAAGAGGUUCGACGACGGGUAUUUUACCAAUGGAGUCGCACUGUAUUCAUUCUCUGCAUCUUUGUGCUCGCCGUGCUGUCACUUUUCUGGGGCUCCCAAUAUAGCACUGAGAGCAAAUUGUCCAAGCUCAAAGUCUGGGUCGUCGACUUUGAUGGUCAAACGGACGACUAUGCCACGAGCAACCCUCUUGUCGGGCCUGCCGUAGCGACCACUGCACAGGAAUUCAUCGAUUCGUCCGACCUGCAUCUGGGCUAUGUCAUCAAAAACGCCAGCACCUUUAACAACGACCCCUGGGCGGUGCGCCAAGCCGUCUACGAUGAACAUGCCUAUGCCGCCGUCAUCGUCAACCCCAAUGCAACCGUUCUGCUCCGUGAUGCAAUCACGCAACGAAACACCAGUUACGACCCUAUUGGUGCUAUUCAAACUGUCAUCAUCUCGGCGCGCGACCAAAGUACAUACUAUUCCUACGUCCUCCCGGACCUGGCCAUCUUCCAAAGCAGCGUCCUGGCUUCAUUCGGUCCCGAAUGGGUCCAGAAUCUUAUCACGAACGGGACAAACCUUACCAGCGUGCCGGCACAAGCGUUAAACCCUGCAAUUGGCUUUACGAACAUCGAUCUCCGUCCCUUUGCUCCAGCCGUCGCCGCACCGGCCGUGACUAUCGGCCUCAUCUACCUCAUCAUCAUCGCCUUCUUCAACUUCCCCUUCCUCAUGCCCAUCCACGCCCAACUCGUUAAACCCUCCGCAUCAAACCCACCUCUCAAGAUCCCCCAAUGGCUCAUCUGGCGUAUCAUUUCCAACAUCGCCGCAUACUUCUUCCUCAGUUUAUUCUACAGCCUCGUCAGUCUGGCCUUUGGCAUUCCAUUCUCCAAUUCACCAGCUCCCGAUACGGUAUCUGCGAAUAAUCCGAAUGCAUACGGAAAAGGCUCGUUCGUCGUAUUUUGGAUGCUGAACUGGGUGGGCAUGACAGCUUUGGGCAUGCCAUGUGAGAAUAUGGCGAUGGUGUUGGGAUUCCCGUGGAGUUCGAUGUUCUUGAUCUUUUGGGUGAUUACGAAUGUGGCGACCGGGUUUUAUGACAUUGAGUUGGCGAGCGUGUUUUAUCGCUGGGGGUAUGCGUGGCCGUUGCAUCGGAUUGUCGAGGCUCUUCGGACCAUCUUGUUUGGUACGCAUUCGCGUAUUGGACUUGAUUUUGGGGUUUUGUUUAUUUGGAUUGCGGCGUCUAUUGCGUUCUUCCCGGUUGCGACCUUUAUCAUGCGGUGGAAGAUGAAGCGUGGACUGGCCUGA